AUGAAUAGAGUGGAAGAGGAAGUAAUCGAAGCAGCCUUGCACGAAGAAGAAAUCGGAGAAGAAGAGGAAAUUGAAGAAGGAGACGAAGAAACUUUGGCUCUCCGACGAGAAAAAUGGCAGCCUUAUCUGGUUUACGUGGACGAUUUAAUUUCCAAAGGUCUUAUCCAAGCAGUUUCUACGAGUAUCUGUUAUAUCCUAGACGAAACUGAUCCUGAAGGUAACAUAUACCCCUCGUUCGAAAUACAACUAUGUUUAGAGGCAAGUAUCAAAUUUGAUCCAUGUUGCAAUCAACUAAAAUCAACUUCUACAAGACUAGAUCCGAACAUUGGUUUUCGACCAUCGGUGAUCGUAGACGACCCAGAAGGAUUUUACACCUUCGUGGAAUCCAUUUUGCUUGACGCCAUGAAGAUGGGUACCCUUAUGCCUCGGGUUAAUCCCGAAUUAAUAGAAGAACAAGAACAUUACGCGAACGACGUCGCCGAGGAAGAAGGCAUCGUGUUCAUGUUGGAGGAAAUUUGUAACCGGGUCAAAUUUGCUCUGACUGUAGCGAGGGACCAUGCUGAGAAAUACGAGACAUUUUCUUGGUUAUGGUUGGAUGACAGACAAGAGUAUUUAUCGUACUUCCUCCAGUACUCUCGAUACGUAAAUCCCGAAGUAAGACAGAUUCUAAAAGAACGUCCAGAUUAUAUACCAGAGAAUAUGAAACCGAAGAAACCAGAUUUGUCAGAUUUCAAAAGGGAAAUCGAUUAUUUUGUGGAUCUGUAUAAAAGUGUCGAUAACAUGCCAAACGAAGAGGUGUUCAGUCGAUGGUUAAGACUCGACUUGAAACCGUUUAAGCAAGCUCUUUUGAACACCAUCUGUAAAUGGUCGAAUGUGCUUAAAGAAUAUCUCGUCAAUAAAAUCACCAAAGAAUUACGUGACCUCUCAGAAUUCAUACAAGCAGCAAUGAACAACUUCGCGCAGCCCAUUCAAGAAGACGAUUACGAAGCCCUCUUAGAAACAAUUUACUUCUUAAAAGAAGUGAGAGAUCGUCAAUUCGAGAUCGAAGACAUGUUCGAGCCUAUCAAGAAAACGAUUGAAAUGCUGGAAGAGUAUCAAGUGUUUAUUGAAGACAAAAUUUUUGAAUGGCUCUCGGAAUUACCUCAGUCUUGGGAAUCGUUGAAGAAGAUAGCUGCUCAAGUGAAGCAAGUCGUUCAACCUUUAAUGACCCGUCAAAUCGAUCUGUUGAAGAAGAGGCUAAGUUAUUACAACUUCAAGCAACUGCGUUUCUCCCUCGAAUUUCAUAGAGAGGAUGUUUUCAGACGGAGCAUUAUUCGUAGCCCCGAUUGCCCCGAUCCGUACGAGAAACUGAAUAAAUUACACGAGGAGCUUUUAAAGUUCCAAGCGGAGGAGCAAGACUUGUACAAUCAAACGGUGAUCUUCGAACAGGAAAUGCCGGAGUUUAAGGUGAUUAAACAGAUAAAGAAGGAGAUGCAGCUUUUAAAAACUGUGUGGGAUUACGUGAACGUGAUCGGAACUAGUUUAAAUGAGUGGAAGAAGACCACGUGGAAGAAGCUCGAUAUUGAAUGGAUGGAUCAAGAAUGCAAGAAACUUGUCAGAGAACUCAGACAGCUCGAUAAAGACGUACGUUCGUGGGAAUUAUACGGUAGCGUUGAAGCACAAGUGAGAAACAUGAUGGCAUCGUUAAGAGCAGUCUCCGAACUACAAAACCCCGCAAUCAGAGACAGACAUUGGAGAGAAUUGAUGGCCGAAACGAAAGUAGCGUUUAGCAUGACGGACAGUACUACUUUGGAAGAUUUAUUGAAAUUGGAGUUGCACAAAUACGAGGAAGAGGUUAAAAACAUUGUUGCUAAAUCCGUCAAAGAAAUGGCAAUGGAGAAAGUGUUGAAAGAGCUUCAUGAUACUUGGAGCUCUCUCGAAUUCGGUAAAGAGUUACACGAACGUACGAAAUUGAACGUUCUUAAGAUCGAUGACGAAACUAUAGAAACCCUCGAAGACAAUCAGGUGCAACUACAGAACAUGUUGGGUUCAAAAUUCGUGGGCUACUUUCUCGAAGAAGUUCUCGAUUGGCAGCAUAAAUUGAGCAACGCUGACGCAGUGAUCAACGUAUGGUUCGAGGUGCAACGCGCGUGGAUCCAUCUUGAAAGCAUAUUCAUAGGUUCGGAGGACAUCAGGAGUCAACUUCCGGAAGACUCGAAACGUUUCGAAAAAAUUGACAAAGAUUUCAAAGAACUUUUACGAGAAGUGACGAGUAAUUUAAACAUCAUUAAAGCGACGAACCGACCGAAACUUCUGGAGAAGCUCGAGGAGUUGCAGCUUCAGUUAAACGUUUGCGAGAAAGCUUUGGCGGAUUACUUGGAAACGAAAAGAUUGAUUUACCCGAGAUUCUAUUUCAUUUCCUCCACUGAUCUUUUGGACAUUUUGAGCAAUGGAAACAACCCUGAGUUAGUGUGCAAACAUUUGGCGAAAUUGUACGAUUCGCUGGCGAAAUUAAAGUGGAAGCUGGAUGGCGGGAAACCGACGAAAUUCGCGAUUAUGAUGAUUGCCAAAGAUGGCGAAGAAAUGGCUAUAUACGGAAGUUGCGACUGCAGCGGGAAGGUAGAAGUAUGGCUGAACCACGUGACCGAUGCGAUGAAAAAAUCGGUGAGAUAUCACGUCUCACAAGCAGUGGCCACUUACGAUGAAAAACCGCGAGAACAAUGGAUUUUCGAUCACCAAGCUCAACCUGCGCUGUGCGGCAGUCAAAUUUGGUGGACAACCGAAGUGAACAUGGCGUUCAUGAGACUUGAAGAAGGCUUCGAGAACGCGUUUAAGGAUUAUCAGAGAAAGCAAAUCAAUCAACUGAAUGCUUUGAUAACUAUUCUUUGUGGAGAUCUGAAUGACAGCGAUAGAAGGAAAAUUAUGACGAUAUGUACGAUCGAUGUGCACGCCAGGGACGUCGUCGCGAAAAUGAUUACUAUGAAGGCGGAGAACUCUUCUAGUUUUCAGUGGCAAUCGCAGCUUAGACAUAGAUGGGACGACAAAGUCGGCGACUGUUACGCGGAUAUCUGUGACGCUUCGUUCAAGUACGACUACGAAUAUUUGGGAAACGUACCUCGAUUGGUUAUAACACCGUUAACCGACAGAUGUUAUAUCACCCUAACGCAAUCGUUGCACCUUAUAAUGGGAGGUGCACCAGCUGGCCCAGCUGGCACUGGGAAAACGGAAACCACCAAGGAUCUAGGAAGAGCAUUGGGUCAAAUGGUUUACGUGUUCAAUUGCUCGGAACAAAUGGACUAUAAGUCUUGCGGGAAUAUCUACAAAGGUCUUGCCCAAGUGGGAGCAUGGGGUUGUUUCGACGAAUUCAACCGUAUUUCGGUAGAAGUGCUGUCGGUCGUAGCUGUCCAAGUAAAAUCAGUGUUGGACGGCAUAAAAAGUCGCAAAGCGACGUUCAAUUUCUUCGGUGAAGAGCUUAAUCUUGUCCCUACCGUUGGUAUGUUCAUCACCAUGAACCCUGGAUACGCGGGGAGAACGGAAUUGCCGGAGAAUUUAAAAACUUUGUUUAGGCCCUGCGCUAUGGUGGUCCCAGACUUCGACCUAAUUUGCGAGAUUAUGUUGGUGGCAGAAGGUUUCCAGGAGGCCAGAUUACUAGCCAGGAAGUUUAUCACGCUUUACCAACUUUGUCGAGAACUUCUGUCGAAGCAAGAUCACUAUGAUUGGGGUCUCAGAGCGAUUAAAUCGGUGUUGGUCGUUGCUGGAAAACUGAAGAGAGGUGACCCUCACAGACCAGAAGAUCAGGUGUUGAUGAGAGCUCUUCGAGAUUUUAAUAUCCCGAAAAUUGUUACGGACGAUGUUCCUGUGUUUAUGGGGCUGAUAGGUGAUCUGUUCCCUGCCUUGGACGUGCCACGAAAGAGAGAUCUGGACUUUGAGAAAACUGUUCGAGACUCUGCCGUAGAUUUGAAAUUGCAGCCAGAAGAUGGUUUUGUAUUAAAAGUUGUACAACUGGAAGAAUUAUUAUACGUCCGUCAUUCGGUUUUCAUCGUUGGUUCCGCUGGAACCGGGAAGACCGAAGUUUGGAAAACACUGAAUCGAACAUACUUCAAUCAGAAAUUAAGGCCGUUUUAUAACGAUUUGAAUCCUAAAGCUGUAACAACCGAUGAACUCUUCGGUGUCAUUAAUCCUGCGACUCGAGAAUGGAAAGACGGAUUGUUCUCCGUGAUAAUGAGAGAUCAAGCGAACAUGGCAGGAAAUGAUCCAAAAUGGAUCAUUUUUGAUGGCGACAUUGAUCCUAUGUGGAUCGAAUCCUUGAACACCGUCAUGGACGAUAAUAAAGUACUAACUCUGGCUAGUAACGAGAGAAUCGCAUUAACUGAUAAGAUGAGACUUUUAUUUGAAAUUUCAAAUCUUAGAACAGCGACACCAGCUACCGUUUCCAGAGCAGGGAUACUUUAUCUAAAUCCACAAGAUAUCGGCUGGUAUCCAUUCGCUAUCAGUUGGAUAGAAACAAGAGAGGGACCUGAAAGAGCAAACUUGACGAUCCUCUUUGAUAAAUACGUCCCAACACUUGUGGAUAUAAUGAAAGCUAAAUUUAAGAAAAUCACACCGAUACCAGAUAUCUGUCACAUCGAGAUGCUGUGCAAAUUAUUGGACUAUUUUUUGACCAAAGAGAAUGUGCCUCCGGAGUGUCCGAAAGAAUGGUAUGAAUUAUACUUCGCAUUCUCUUGCAUUUGGGCAUUCGGAUCAGCAACUUUUAAAGAUCAAUUGGUCGACUGGCGAAACGAGUUCAGUAAGUGGUGGGUGAAUGAAUUUAAAACGGUGAAAUUUCCACCUGGCAACGUGUUUAAUUACUACAUCGAAAAUGAAACUAAAAAGUUAAUUCCUUGGACCGAACACGUGAAGGUCUUCGAGCUCGAUACUGACAUACCUCUUCAGUCCACUUUAGUGCCAACCGGUGACACAACAUGUCUUCACUUUUUCCUGGAUGUUUUCAUCAAGGAAAGAGUGCCACUGAUGUUAAUAGGUGCCGCGGGUUCUGGGAAAAGCGUCAUCGUCGCCGAAAAAUUGUCGUCUCUUCCGGAUGAUUAUAACAUCGCCAGUGUACCUCUUAACUAUUACACUACGUCUGAAAUGUUGCAAAGAAUCCUGGAGAAACACUUGGAGAAAAAGACUGGUAGAAAUUACGGUCCACCCGGUUUGAAAAAGUUGAUUUACUUCAUUGACGAUAUGAAUAUGCCCGAAGUAGAUACAUACGGAACUGUUCAGCCUCAUACGCUAAUCAGACAGCACAUCGAUUAUGGUCAUUGGUACGACAGACUGAAAUUAAGCUUGAAAGAAAUCCACAACACUCAAUACGUUUCCUGUAUGAAUCCAACUGCUGGUAGUUUCACGAUCGAUCCCCGUUUACAAAGGCACUUCGCCGUUUUCGCGGUUAACUUUCCGACAGACGAGAACUUGGUGAUGAUCUACAGUCAAAUGUUGGAUCAGCAUCUGACAAAUCCUUUGAACAAGUUUAAUUUAACGCUAACGAAAGUAGCGGAUGAAUUAUUGAGCGCGGCACUUUACUGUCACGAAAAAAUCUCAACCACGUUUUUACCGACUGCGAUCAAGUUUCAUUACGUAUUUAAUUUACGAGAUCUUUCGAAUAUCUUUCAGGGUAUUUUGUUCGCUAAUGGAGAGACUGUACCAACUCCUAAUCAUUUGAUAAGAUUGUAUGUUCAUGAAGCAUCGAGGGUGUAUUCUGAUAAAUUAGUCACUCAUGAAGACGCGAAAACGUUUGACGCGUUGUUAAAGGAGUCUCUUCGUAAAAAUAUUGCUGACAUAGAUGAAAAUAUCAUAUUCGCAGAACCGAUAAUAUAUUGCCAUUUUGCUGAGGGAAUCGGAGAACCUAAGUACAUGCCUAUACAAGACUGGCAACGAUUAACCGCCUUACUGGACGAAGCUUUGCUUAAUUACAAUGAACUGGUGUCUGCGAUGAAUUUAGUGUUAUUCGACGACGCCAUGUACAGCGUUUGCCAAAUAAAUCGAAUUUUAGAAUCACCCAGAGGAAAUGCGCUCCUGGUAGGAGUCGGAGGCAGCGGAAAACAAUCACUUUCUGCUCUGGCAUCUUUUAUUUCGAGUCUGGAGGUCUUUCAGAUACAGUUGCGUACAGGAUACUCAAUGGAAGAUCUGAGAACCGAUCUGGCAGGUUUAUACCUGAAGUCGGGCUUGAAAAGCAUUGGAAUGACUUUCGUGAUGACCGAUUCUCACGUUGCAGACGAAAGAUUCUUGGUCGUCAUAAACGAUAUGCUUGCGUUCGGUGAAAUUUCCGAAUUAUUUGCAGAUGAAGAGAUCGAUAACAUCGUAAACGGAGUGAGAAACGAGGUGAAACAAACUGGUAUGAUGGACACGAAAGAAAAUUGCUGGAAAUUCUUUAUAGACCGAGUUCGCAGUCGAUUGAAAUGCAUUCUGUGCUUUUCUCCCGUUGGAGCGACUUUGAGAACCCGAGCCAGACAAUUUCCAGCUCUCGUCAACAACACUUCCAUCAACUGGUUCCAGAGUUGGCCGCAGGAAGCUUUAAUAUCCGUUUCCUCUAGAUUUUUACAGGAAUUAGAAGAACUUCCAGAAAAUUUAAGAGAGUCAGCAUCCCUGUUCAUGUCCUACGCGCACGCGAGCGUCAACGAUAUUUCCUCGCUUUACCUCCAAAGCGAAAAGAGAUACAAUUACGCGACACCAAAGUCAUUUCUGGAACAAAUUUCUUUAUAUUCAAAGUUACUCGUCGAGCGAACUCACAACGUGAUAGCCAUGAUAGAAAGACUGAAAAAUGGGUUAGAGAAAUUGGAGAGCUGCGCUGGACAGGUGAGCGAGUUAAGAGUCAUAUUAGCGGUUCAAGAAACUGAAUUAAAGAAGAAGAACGAGAUUGCGGAUAAAAUUCUUGCUGAAGUUCGAGCGGAAAACACUAAAGCUGAAGCUGAGAAAGCAAUUGUAUCGGAGGAAGAAGCAAAAGUAGCAGAAAUAAAAGAAACAGUGGCAGAAAGACAGAAACGUUGCGACGAAGAUUUAGCAAAGGCAGAACCAGCUGUUCGUCAAGCAGAAGCUGCUCUUGACACGUUAAACAAAAACAAUUUGACUGAACUGAAAUCAUUUGGCACACCACCGCCACAAGUUGCGAUGGUGGCAGAAGCAGUGCUGGUCUUAUUCGCCCCGAAAGGUAAAAUACCGAAAGACAGGAGUUGGAAAGCAUGUAAAGCGAUGAUGGGCUCCGCCGAUCAGUUCCUCUCUUCACUUCGAAAUUACGACAAGGAAAAUAUUCAUCCUGAAGUCGUUAAAGCUAUUCAGCCUUACAUCAACAAUAAAGAAAGCUGUAAACGACUAACAGACAAACUUAUCUCCUACAGACUAUCAACUGCUGGACCAAACAUCUUAAGCGACGUCGAUCUAGUGACAAAUCUCGAAACAACGAAGAAAACUGCCGCGGAGAUACAAAUAAAAGUAGUAGAAGCCAGAACGACUGCAGCAAAAAUAGACGAAGCUCGGGAACUUUAUCGACCUGUCGCGUCCAGAGCCAGUCUCCUAUACUUCGUCCUAAACGAUUUGAACAAGAUAAAUAUGCUCUACCAAUUUUCCCUGAAAGCAUUCAGCGUCGUCUUUCAAAACGCUAUUAAGUUUGCGGAAGCCUCGGAAGAGUUGUCGCAACGUGUUGCAUUUUUGAUCGACAGCAUCACUCAUUUGGUUUUCGUUUACACCAGUAGAGGACUGUUUGAGAACGACAAAUUAACGUUUCUUUGUCAAAUGACCAUUCAAAUUUGCGUACAAGGAGAGGAAAUAUCGCAAGAAGAACUCAAUUUCCUGCUACAAUUCCCAUACGUCCCCGACUUGACCAGUCCCGUGGACUUUCUAUCGAACGUCAGCUGGGGUGGAAUCAAAUUUCUAAGUCAAAUGGGUGAUUUUCUGAACUUGGAAAAAGAUAUAGAAGGUGCUGCGAAAAGGUGGAAGAAAUUUGUGGAGUCGGAAACACCUGAACGAGAAAGUUUUCCUCAAGAUUGGAAAAAUAAAACUGCAUUCCAAAGGCUGUGCAUCAUGAGAUGUCUCAGGCUGGAUCGAAUGACAUACGCGAUCAAGUGUUUCGUGGAAGAGAAAAUGGGUUCAAAGUUUGUUGAAUCUAGAUCUCCUCCUUUCCACAAAUCCUUUGAAGAGACUAGUUCGAUCACGCCUGUAUUUUUCAUCUUGUCUCCCGGUGUUGAUCCGUUAAAGGACGUAGAACAUCUUGGAAAAAAACUGGGUUUCACUAUGGAUGGAAGAAAUUUCCAUAACGUAUCGCUGGGCCAGGGUCAAGAGCCCGUAGCCGAACAAGCAAUGGAAAUUUCAGCGACCGAAGGACACUGGGUUAUAUUACAAAAUAUUCACUUAGUAAAAAGAUGGUUACCUACGUUGGAAAAAAGAAUGGAACAACUUUUCGAGAGCCCUCAUGACGAUUAUCGGCUGUUUGUUAGCGCUGAACCCAGUGCCGAUCCUCAUGAAUCGCUUAUACCUCAGGGUAUAUUAGAAUCUGCGAUAAAAAUUACGAACGAACCACCGUCAGGCAUUCAAGCGAAUAUCCACAAAGCAUUGGACAAUUUUACCCAAGAAACUCUAGACUCUUGCAGCAAGGAAACUGAAUUUAAAGCGAUACUAUUCGCUCUUUGUUACUAUCACGCCGUAGUCGCGGAACGUCGGAAAUUUGGAGCACAAGGAUGGAACAGAUCAUAUCCAUUCAACGUUGGUGACCUGACAAUUAGCGUGUCUGUGCUAUUUAAUUAUUUGGAAAAUAGUAUCAAGGUACCUUGGGAAGAUCUUCGUUAUCUGUUCGGCGAAAUAAUGUAUGGUGGUCAUAUUACGGAUGAUUGGGACAGGAGAUUGUGUAGAACGUACCUGAUGGAAUAUUUAAGAUCGGAAUUAGUUGAAGGUGAAUUAUAUUUCGCACCUGAAUUCUUGGUGCCACCCAACAGCGAUUAUACAGGAUAUCACAAAUACGUAGACGAUUAUUUGCCUGCCGAGAGUCCCGUACUUUAUGGACUUCAUCCCAACGCAGAAAUUGGUUUCUUAACUACAACCGCCGAAAACUUAUUCAAAACGUUAUUGGAAAUACUAUCGAGUACUGUAAGCGAGGCGGCUUCCGGCGAAAUAUCAAGGGAUGACAAGAUCAAAGGACUCAUAGAGGAUUUAUUGGAUAAACUACCGGAAGAAUUUAAUAUGCAAGAGCUUUAUAACAAGGUUGAAGACCGUACGCCAUUUGUGACAGUAGCUUUGCAAGAAUGCGAAAGAAUGAAUAUGCUGUGCGACGAAAUAAAAAGGUCGUUGCGAGAAUUGGAGUUAGGUUUAAAGGGAGAAUUGACGAUUAACGCUGACAUGGAGGAUCUGCAAAAUUAUAUUCUGAUAGAUAUCGUUCCACCAUCUUGGACACUAAAAGCGUAUCCUUCAAGCUUAGGAUUAACCGGAUGGUAUUCAGACAUGUUGAACAGGAUAUCCGAAUUAUCCAGCUGGUCUUCAGAUUUUAAUUUACCACCAUCGGUGUGGCUGGGUGGUUUCUUCAGUCCCCAAUCAUUUUUGACCGCCAUCAUGCAACAGGCUGCCCGCAAAAAUGAGUGGCCCCUGGAUAAAAUGUGUUUACACUGUGAAGUAAUGAGAAAAUAUAAAGAAGAAGUAACAUCGGCGCCGAGGGAAGGAGCGUACAUAAAUGGAUUGUACAUGGAAGGUGCACGGUGGGAUAUUCAAGCAGCAUGUAUUAUGGACUCUCGAUUCAAGGAAUUAUUUCCAUUGAUGCCAGUAGUGUACAUCAGAGCAAUCACACAAGAUAAGCAGGAUCUUAAAAAUAUGUAUGAGUGUCCUGUGUAUAAAACACGAUCUCGAGGUCCGACCUAUGUUUGGACGUUUAACUUGAGGACGAAAGAGAGGGCUAGCAAAUGGAUCCUUGCUGGAGUCGCAAUUGUACUACAAAUUUAA